AUGUCCUCCGGCGAACUGCAACAAUCGACCCCCGGAGCGCCGCAAGAUCUGGAAGAAAUGCUCACUGCUCUGCGCAAUGAGGCGGAAGCAGGAGCAUCUGGUGGAUCUACCAAACCCGAGAGAAGCCACCCAGCUGUUGCAUUUUACUGUGGUAAACGUGCUGUGCGACUGCAGGUAGUACCAGAUGGCACAGAUAUUUCGCAUUCUGAGGACUCCACACUGUAUGUUAUUUCCCUUCAUCAAGCACUCCUCCCUGCCCACUACAAUGAUUCAUUUAGCGAGGAGGAGCAUUCGUUACGUCUUUCUAGCUCUGAGGGGCUUGAGUUGUUGCGCACUAACUGGGAACUCCUACUGUGGCUACUCAUGCCCUCUGUACAAAUUAGCGCUUCGUGCGACCCGAUGGACGGGGCUGAUGACUCCUCACCAAUAUCUUCAUGGCGUGAAUUGUGUUGUCCCUUGACAUGGGAGGACUAUAAAUGUCUUCGACGACACGGUGUAAUGGACCGCGUGCAUUAUAGUUACGUAGUGUUUCUGCGCUUCUACGGAUGGCGGUUGCAUAAUGAGGAGAACGGAGUUCUUGACCGACAUAGAAAUUGGGAAGCAAGGUACAGAUUACUCGUAUCUCCGGAUCAGUGCUGUAAGUGUUCGCUCGGAGGUGGUGUUGCUUGCGACGAAGUUGUCAGGCGUUGGACAUGUGAUGACGGGGUGCCUUGUCCCUACACCGCGCUAACCCGGAUUUUAAAGGUGUUGCUGGAAUUGUGCUUCAAUCGAUACGCGGUGAAUUUGGUUGCAUUCAUCAUUGAAGAAAUGAGCAAGGGGCGCUUGCUGUUUUUGCAGCAAAUACUGGAAAGUGUUUGGUUCCCAAUUGUCGUGAACUCCAAGCAGGUUGCCGAUGCCGACAGGGAUUACCUCAGUCGGAAGCUGCAUCACCUCACUCACAGCGACUCCGACUAG